UUUUUCCGAUAUUUCGUCAUAUGACGUAUGACGCAUUCUUCAGUAAUCUAACAUUCGGCAACGGCUAUUGAAUCUGAUAUUUUAUUAAUGUUAGUUUCGUAUCCAUAGCAUUAAGGUGUAAACUCAGUGUAUAUUCGCUUAUAAUCAAUCGUUUAGCAGCAAAAGAUGGCCGCUCCACCGAUCUAUAAUCCAAUAGUGCCAUGUGUGCACCCCAUCCCUGGGGGCAUGUUCCCUGGCAGAAUGAUCAGAUUCCAAGGCAGUGUACCCCCUGGCGCUCAGAGGUUCGCUAUAAACUUACAAUGUGGUCCAAACACGGACCCUCGUGAUGAUAUCGCACUCCAUCUGAACUUCCGCUUCAUAGAGAUGUGUGUUGUCCGCAACCAUCUGACGGCGAUGAACUGGGGAGUGGAGGAUACAGCUGGUGGUAUGCCGCUGGCCAGGGGGGAGGCAUUCGAAGCUCUGUUGCUCUGUGAACCACAAUCUAUAAAGAUAGCACUAAAUGGUGUCCAUUUCUGCGAGUUCCCGCACCGCCUGCCGUACCAGCGCAUCUCGCAUAUGACUGUGGAUGGUGACGUCAUGCUGCAGUUUGUAGGCUUCGAGGGUGCGCAGGCGCCGCCUUCACAAAUGUUUAUGUCGGAGCCCCCUGCGUAUGGCGCGUACGGCGCUCCGCCCCCCGUGUACGGAGCCCCCGGGUACGGCGCUCCUCAAGGUUUCCAGACGACUGGUGGCCUAGAGACGACGUACGUGCAAGGCCAGCCGCAGCGCACUGGCAUGGGCACUGGCGCGGCGGUGGGGCUGGGCGUGGGCGCGCUGGCGGCCGGCGGGCUGGCGGGCUACGCGCUCGGCGGCGGCUUCAGCAGCAACGACUCGCCCAGAGAAGAGGUGAAUGUAUCAUCCUUCUCAGAAAAUGUCGAUUUCGGUGGCGACGACUGGAUGGAUUAGUCCGCUCUUAGUCUAA